CAUGGGUUACCCUCCGAUCAGUGUUUAACGGACUGUAAGAUGAAAUAACCAGUAUUACAAACUCCGGUCCACUCUGUUACUGACCGUUAGCUUCCGGUUACGCUUACCAGCCGAUAUCGGCUGGUUAAAAAAUGUGAUGUACCGUUAAAGCAUCUGAUUGGUUAUUAAAUUGUUAUGUUUUUGUGAUUAUUUUGUUAUCAUUAUCAUUAUUAAUUAUUCCUCAAUACAACAAUCUAAAUUUUAUUGCGAACAAUAUUAUUAUUUAAUUUUGUUUUCGGUUUUCGAUUUCCCGACUAUAUUUAUAUUUAUUUAUAUUUAUAUUUUAUUAUAAAAUAGUAUAUGUUGUACUAUUACUAUUUUUACUAUGGACGCACAAGACUAUAUGGAUGUUGACGACUAUUCAGACACCGACGAAAGUGACGAAGCAAUCGAUGAUUUUGAUCAUUUGGCGGAAAUUGUGGCUUUCCCUAGGCGUGCUAAAAUUAUUCGCAAACGACCGGAUCAUUUUAAAGUAUGGAGAGAUGAUGAGUUUUUGAAUAGGUUUCGUUUGAACAAAGAUACCGUCAAGUUUCUCCUACGUAUAAUAAAACCAAAAAUUGUAUCACAAACCAGUAGAAAUAAUGCAGUAACACCUAGUCAAAAACUGUUGAUGACGUUGAGGUAUUAUGCAACUGGUUCUUUCAUAGCAACUUGUGCAGAUUUUGCUGGAAUUCAUAAAACUACUGGUGGUAAAAUUAUAAUCGAAGUGUCAAAGGCCAUAGCAACACUUAGACCGGAUUUCAUUCAUUUUCCAACAACUGAUGAUGAAAUACGUAAAGUUAAGCAGGAUUUCUUCAAUAUUGCGAAAUUCCCAUCGUGUAUUGGAGCGAUUGAUUGUACUCAUAUAAAAAUUAGAUCACCAGGUGGUAAUGAUGCAGAAAUUUUUCGGAACAGGAAACAAUUUUUUUCUAUGAACGUACAAACUAUUUGCGAUUCAAAAUUGAUAAUACAAAACAUAGUUGCUAGGUGGCCAGGUAGUAGUCAUGAUGCGAACAUAUUUCGGAACUCUGCUAUUAAACAACGUUUUGAUAAUAGAGAGUUCAAAGAUUGUGUUUUAGUGGCUGACAGUGGAUACCCAAUGCAGUCUUAUAUGAUUACACCUAUGUUAAACCCAAUUACUAACGUUGAAAAUACUUUUAAUGAGUCACAGAUCCGUACUCGAAAUCCAAUAGAAAGAUCAUAUGGUGUCUGGAAGAGACGAUUUCCAAUAUUGAGUUUAGGAAUAAAUGUAAGAAACUUGGAUACAGUACAAGCCAUUAUAGUGGCUACAGCAGUACUGCACAACAUUGCUCGUCAGUUUGGAGAUGAUGAGCCUAGAGUUACUGAAGAACAAGAAAAUGAAAUUGCAUUAACGUUACUUGAACAACCUCAUGAUAUCAACGAUCAAGGAAGAAAUCAAUCAAUACAUAGAAACCGCUUUUUAAAUUAUUUUAAUACUUUAUUGUGACCAGAUUGAACAAAAUAAAAAUAAAAUUGUAAAACAUAAAAUCAAAAGCAAUGCUAGUUUUCUCCUUAUAUAUUUAUCUACUUGUACAUUUUAAAUUAGAAAUAAAGGAAAUUAUUAUUUAA